AUGAAGUAUACUCCUGAUCGGCAGAAGGCAAAAGAAAGGUUGACGAAUACUGACAUUGCGUUCUUGUUUUCUUGUUUGGCUCUUUAUACAAGUCAUGAACGGUUCGUGCUAGACAUUGAUCCAAGUAGGCGCUUUAUAAAGGGCUCUGCAGAGCUUACCAUCCAGCCGCUCCAAAAAAAGUUGCCCAAUGUACGGAUCAACAGUCGGCAAUGCAAGAUCCUACGUGUCAAAGUCAAUGGCGAUCCGGCAGAAUAUAGCUAUUCGGAUCCAGUGUCGGAACUCACGCUAGGCGAGAAUACCACAGUUGCACACCAUCAUGUCUACAAAAGUCGAUAUCUUAAUGCCUUGAGAGAGGCUGAUGAAGGAGAGCUUCUUGUGAGGAUACCCGAGGGAUGCAUUCAACAGAUAUCUGAUGCCGAUGCAAGGAUGAUUUCAAGCGACAUGUAUUCAAUAUCAGACUUGCCAGAUGACACACCAUUGCAAAACACAACAACAACCUCUCAAACAACACCAUCCUUUGCUCCAGUGGUGAUUCGGAUUGAUUACGAAUUGGAAAAUCCGCGGAAUGGUUUAAUAUUUGUCGAUCCCGAUGAAGUCGUCGCACCUUACCGUUACCACCACUUAUAUACCAUUAAUCAACCGCUGCCUGGAGCAACGCGUGCUUGGUUGCCAUGCAUGGACCGGAUUCAUGAUCGCUGUACUUGGGAUAUGGAGUUUAUUGUACCGAAUAAGCUGGGAGCACUCGCUGGAGAUUACGAUGGCAGUGGAAAUGGUGACAUGGGUGAUGAUGAAUAUCCUACUGUGGUUGUAUGCAGUGGUGAAGUUGUGGAGCAGGUGGCCCAUCCAACGGAUCCAUCCAAAAAGAUUGUACAUUACAACUUGUCGGCGCCAACAGCUGCACCUUUUAUUGGCUUUGCAGUGGGUCCUUUCCAGAUGCUUAAGUUCACCCCAGCACAAUUCCAAGAGGAGGUCUUGACAGGCACUGAUCUUGAUGAAAGUCAACAACAAAGCUUGAUGGCCGAAAUCAACAUGAUGUCAAAUAUAUACGCCUUUGGACUUCCUGGACGAGAAGAAGAAUUGGCUGUCAGCUGCGGGUUCUUGAUGCAUGCAAUGCAUUUUUAUCCUCAAGAAUAUGGCUCUUAUCCUUUCCAUGACUACAAGCUUGUCUUUGUUGAGGAUGUAUGGUGUGAAACUAGUUCAAGCGCUUCACUUGCCAUCUGCAGUUCACGGUUAUUACAUUCUGGUGAUAUCAUUGAUCAGACAUACCAAACGCGACGCGUCCUUAGUCUUGCACUGGCACGGCAAUGGUUUGGCAUCCACAUUGUACAAAAGUCAUGGGCCGACGCUUGGCUCAUUUAUGGUCUUGCCAACCUCAUGGGUGCUCUCUUUAUCAAACGACAUUUGGGUAAUAGUGAAUUCCGGCUACGCAUGAAAAGGGAUAUGGAACUUUGUUGUGAGCUUGAUGUGAAUCGACCGCCAUUGUAUAAUCCAGCCUUGCCGUCACCACUCGAUGCCGACGACCUUGAAUUUAUUGAAUUGAAAGCACCCUUGGUUCUUUAUAUGCUCGACAAGCGGAUAUGCAAAUUGGGAGCCACCCUUGGCAUGUCACGUGUCAUCCCGAAGAUCCGUGUAUCAGCUAUCAGUGGAGAACUUGUCCAGAACGCUUUGAGCACCCACUUUUUCUUACGAUUAUGUCGCAAAGUGAGCGGCUUUGACACCAAGACGUUUGCCGAUCAGUGGAUCUAUCGCAGCGGUUGUCCAAAGUUUACGUUUUCAUUCCACUUUAAUCGCAAAAAGAUGGUGGUUGAGUUUUACAUGCGACAAGAAAACAGCAACCAUCAGCUUUUAGGCACCAAAAAUCGAACCAAGUCUCCCAACGAUAUGCAUAUUGAAGGUGGCACCAUUGACUAUCAGGACAUGAUCGCGCCUUUGUUCACCGGCAACUUGACAGUGCGUAUCCACGAAGCCGACGGCACACCCUAUGAGCAUAUUUUGGACAUUCAAUCCAACAAGCACAAGUUUGAGGUUCAAUUCAACACCAAGUAUAAGCGUAUUCGUCGUAACACCAAACGUUUCCUUGCCAAACAAGCCGCUGCUGCCGCUGCUGUAGCUGAAGAAGAUGCCGCUGACAAGGAAGAUGGUGAGGGUGGUACAACCAAUGUGCUCGGCAUUAUUCCUGCACUUGGUCUUGGUAUGCCCGUAUUUGAAGAUCCCAAGCAACGACAAUCGUGGAAGGUAGUGGAAUGGGGUCAAGAUGAAGAAGAUACCAGUGGUGCUGCUAGUGCUAUGUUUGAUUGGAUCCGCCUUGAUGCCGACUUUGAAUGGCUGUGCACGAUUGAUUUCCAACAACCUGAUUAUAUGUGGGCUGGUGAAUUGACUAAGGAUCGAGAUGUGGUGGCACAAUACGAGGCGAUUAUGGCUCUUCGGAAUAUGCCAUCCUUACCGACAGCAACCAGCUUGCUUCGUGCUUUGAUUGAUCCAAAAUGCUUUUACAAAAUCCGGAUGGAAGCUGCCUAUGCAUUGGCCAAGUGUGGUGGUGAAGAAAUGAAAUGGGUCGGGUUACACCAAUUAUGCAAAAUGUUCCAGUCGCGUUACUGCUUCCCCCAACAAGACUCACCCAUGGAAAUUGACGAUGAUGUUCCUGUCACCCAAAUGAUACCCAGGCCAAACAAUUUCAGCAACUUUUCAGAUUACUUUGUGCAAAAAGGCAUGGUCAUUGCAUUCUCACAAGUACGCGACAACCAUGGUCGAACACCGGUUCAAGUACGCCAAUUGUUAUUAGACCUGCUAAAGUACAAUGACAAUAUUGGCAAUGAGUAUUCCGAUAGCUACUACAUUGCUACCCUUAUAUCCGCUGUUGGUGACGCCUUCAUUCCCGCCAAAGAGAACACGAACGAUAUGGAUGUUGACAUGGUGCCAGUGGAAACGGUUCAAGAUGAGCAGCUUUUAGCAGCAGCAGUAUCCGAGAUUGAGCGAUUCAGGACACUUGAUUGCGUGAUCCCUACUUAUCACAAUAUUGUCACUAUCAGCUGUAUUAAGACGUUGACAAAAAUGAUGUUGAAUGGCGUGCUUGAGCCCAAUUAUAAGCUCUUUAUGCAAUACACAAGAUAUGGGAAUUUUGUUGGCAUUCGACUUUGUGCUUUCGACAGCUUAUUCGUGCUUUGCGGCUUGAACGAUAACAAGUUGACGGAGUACCUAUUGAACGUGAUCAAGGAUGAUCCAUGUGUCGAUGUAUCGCACUAUGUUGCACGUGCAAUGCUCACCUGGCUUGGCCCUGCUAUGCGUUUGAAAUCCGAAUUGCCGCAAAAUCGUUUUGUUGAAGAGUUUGCAGAAGAAGAAGGUCGUGCUGUGAUCCUCGAUGACAAACGACAUUCAAAGUCCAAGGAACCUGCCGAGCAGCUUUAUAUUGAGAAUCUUCGGAAGCAAUUUGAAUCGAAUGUGGAAUUGCAAGAUACCAUAUGGAGGAUGCUAAACACUGAUGAAAACUCGAUGCUGGAUCACUCUGUUCGCAAGCAUCUGCUACAAUUCUGUGAAUACAUGUACAAGCCAGCUGACGUUGGGAUCAAAGUUACAAUCCGUAUGCCAUCACUUGUACAAGAUAUACCAGAGGAGCUAUCAGAACCACCCACGCCCUCACCUCCUGUUUCAAAGCCAGCCAAGGUUCACAAAUCCAAAACACCCUCUACGCCAAAAGAGAAAGAAAAUGGCGUGCGACCAGAGAAGAAGCCUGCAUUAUCUACAGCAGUUGCCAAAGCCGAUCGCGCAAGUAUUUCUUCUUCUCCAGCUCUUUCUAGUCCAUCCUCGCCAGCUACUUCAUCGCCCGGUAUUGCUACAUCUUCAGUUACAACAACAGUUGGAACACCCACUACUCCGGCACCGCCUCCAUCAAAAUCACAACCAGCUAUUGUGCCUACCAACAACGAGUCCACACAACCUACACCACCAGCAGCAACACCACAACAACAAGCUGUUGGUCCUUCAGGAGAUAAGGCACCUGGAUUGAAUAUUCCAAAGAUCACUACCAAACGUCCUGAGGGAAUGACAUCGACUGAUUUCAAGAUGUGCAAGCGGGUGUUAUUGAAGAUCAUGCGUCAUCCAUCAGCUAUUCCAUUCUUGCAAUCUGUGGAUGAGAAAUUGGAUGGUGCUCCCAAUUAUUAUACAAUUAUCAAACGACCCAUGGAUCUUGGUACUGUAAGGAGCAAAUUGGAAACGGGUGUUUACAAGACAUUCAAAGAGCUUGAGGAUGACAUUCGGUUGAUGUUGAGCAAUUGUUUUGCGUACAAUGGACCUGGUACACCUGUUUACGAUGCUGGCCAAAGCUUGGAGACCGCUCUUGAAAAGGAAAUCGCUACCGCACGUGCCAAGUUACAGGAAAAGAUGCGAAUGGAAAAGGAAAAGGCUGCUGCAGCAGCAGCUGCUGCUGCUACAACACAACAACAGCCAUCCAAAGGAUCUCCUGCCCCAUCCAAAGUUGAAGCAUCUGCUGCUGUACCACCAUCACCACCUGCCAAGAAGACCCAACCAACAUCAGCUGCAGAAGGACAAGUGCCCAGCUCCAUAUCACCUAUCUCUUCACCAGCACAGCCACGCCCUGAAUCACUUGCCAGUAGCAUUUCACCUGUUCAUGCAUCAUCGACUCAACUACCUGCGACGGUGUCACCCAAGAUGCUUGAAAAGAAGCCUGAGCGACCAAAGAAUGAUCGAGAAAAGUGUGCAUUGGUUUUGGCCAAGACGAUGGAGAACAAGCAUGCAUUUGAAUUCCUUCGACCUGUUGAUCCAAAGAAGCAAGGUAUUCCCAAUUACUUCAAUGUGAUCAAGAAGCCUAUCGAUUUGGGGACCAUCAAGUCCAAGCUCAAGACCAAUCAAUAUGCGAAUGCUGAGCAAUUUGAUGAUGAUGUUCGGCUGAUGUUCAGCAAUUGCUUUACAUACAACAAACCCAACACGAUCGUACACAAUGAAGGCAAACAUUUGGAGCAAGUGUAUAAUCAAGAGUGGAUCAAUUGCUUUGGUGCAUUAAGGAAGCAGGCAGCCGACUCACCAAGACCACAUACACCAUCGUCAGCAUCCAUUGAGAAAAAUGCUACUAUGUCAACAUCUACCGCACUAUCAUCUUCUCAACCUGCCAAGACAACACCCAAACCAGCUGCCACCACACCUACUAAAACAGCUACUGAAACAAAGCCGUCGACUAAAAAGGUCACCAAACCAACACCAUCCCCUGCAGCUACUACAACUACUACUACUACAGCAGCAGCAGCAACAACAACUAAUGGUACAACAACAUCAUCACCCAAGCCACGAGCCGCCAUCCAGGAGCGUAUGGAUGAUAACAACAUGCGGAUAUGUGAUCGAAUUAUCAAAAAGCUUUGGUCUAUGCCAUCAGCAAAUGCCUUUUAUGAGCCUGUUGAUGCUGAGGCGUUGAACCUCCCACAGUAUUACGAGGUGAUCAAACGACCCAUGGAUUUAUCUUCGGUGCGUCGUAAUCUUGAAGGCGAAGAAUUUUCGACGAUAUGGGAGUUUGAGCGAGAUAUUCGACAAAUCUUUUGGAAUUGUUAUCGAUUCAAUGAUAUCGCAUCGUGGAUUGGACAACAAGCUCAAGAAUUGGAAGCUGUAUUUAAUCAAGAAUGGCGUCGGGAAUAUGGUGAUCCCAACAUGUUGCAAGGUGAAGAGUUCCAGCUUGUGCGCAAAGUGGUUACCAAGUUACGACAACACGAGGCAUCCUUGUUCUUUAAUGAGCCUGUGGAUUUGGAUAUUUUCCCGGAUUAUACCAAGGUAGUCAAGACACCCAUGGAUUUACGUACCAUCUCUGAAAAGCUUGAAUCGGGAAAGUACACGAGCUUGCAACAAGCCGAUACGGAUAUUCGAUUAGUCUUUUCCAAUUGCUGCACAUACAACAAAUCAGGCACUUAUGCGUAUGAGCUUGGCAAGAAAUUGGAAAAGUACUACAACAGCAAUAUCGGCAAAGAGUUGCGACAACGUGUCAAGAACGCUUCAGGUGCGAGUGCCAAUCAACGUCGUACAUCCGCUUCCCCUGCUCCUUCUUCAUCUUCUACGACAGCGGCAACGACGACCACAACCACAGCCACCACGGCAGCAGCUGCUAAACCACCUGCAAAGACACAUCCAAGUACAAGCAGCAAGGUGAAAGCAUCAGCAAAGACACCUGCCAAAGCACCAUCCAAAUCUACAAAGCAACCUGCUCCAGCUCAGCAACAACAGCAGCAGCAACAUCCUUCGACCAGCAAUAAUAGUCCCACGUCUCCCGCAGCUCCAGCCAAGCUUCAUCCAUCGUUACAAUCCAAGUUGCAGUCUUUACUUGUCAAAUUGAUGAAUAAUGCUUCUGCCAUUGCAUUCUUGGAACCGGUUGAUGCCGUUGCCUUGAAUAUUCCCCAUUAUCCACUCAUUAUCAAGAACCCUAUGGAUCUUGGUACAAUGGAUAAGAAAUUGAGAUCGGGAGAAUACAAGACUGUGAAGGACUUUGAGACGGAUAUGCGAUUGAUCUUUACCAACUGUUAUACGUUCAAUGGUUUCGAUCAUCCAGUGUCACAGAGUGCCAAGGUGUUGGAAAAGAUCUUUAACAAGGAAGUGCCUGGUUUGCGAAAGAUGGAGGAGAAUUUAGCCCAUUCGAAUGCAUCCAAUGGCUCUGCACCCAAGGCGAAAUCUUCUGGUGGUGGAGGAAGUGGUGGUAGCAGUAGCUCAAAGCAAUCAUCCAGCAAAGCAGAGGGUCCCAAGGCUGAAGUACGAAAGUACAAGUACGUAUUGGAUAAGAUCAGUCAACAUCAAUCGUACUUUGCAUUUGCUGCUCCCGUUGAUCCUGUGUUAUUGCAAGUCCCUACGUACUUUGACGUGAUCAAGCACCCAAUGGAUUUCGGUACGAUUCGCAACAAACUCAACCGUGGUCAAUACCCAGAUGUGGAUGCAUUCUUGGCUGAUGUCCAACAAGUGUUUAUCAAUUGUUUCACCUUCAACUUGCCAGACGAUGUCGUAUCUGAAAUGGGACGUUCAUUGGAAACCGAGUUCAACAAGUGGUGUGCUGUAAAGGGAUUGAAGCAAGUGCCUAUCAGUGAAGCUCCUCCUCCUCCUCCACCUCAACCUCAACCCGUAUUGGCAGCACCACCACCAACAUCAGGCACCGAUUUGUCAGGACAUGAAAUGAUGAUGCCUCAUGAACAACAACAGGAGGCCAUGGUUCCUCAGCAUCAACCAGCAUAUGGAUUAGUGGAUAUGCCGAUGAUGACGGGUGACAAGCGUUCGUUUGAUCAAUUUGAUCAAGACAAUGGCCAAGAUUUCGAUUAUGAUAUGCCGGAUGAUUUCUAUUCAAUCAAACGACACAAGUUAACUGAAUGA